AUGAAAGGCAAAGGGAAAGGUGCGAAGUUGAAAAACAUGGACAAGCUUAUCGCGGCGGUACAGGCCAGGGAGUGUCUCUGGGACCGCACUUAUAGAGGGCACAGGAACCGCUUCAAGCUGGAGAGAUAUUGGAACGAGGUGGCCGCGGAAGUCGGCACGACUAGUUUAAACUGCAGAAAGAAAUGGAAGAAUUUAAAAGAUCAAUGCCGGAAGGAAAUAAAGAAAAAUCCGCAUGCGUCCGACUGGCCACACUUUCCGAAGCUCAAGUUUAUCCACAACCAGUUCACGUUCGACGAAGAGGAAGAAGAAGAUACCGCCGGAAGAAGUCUACAACUCCUUAGACGAAUCCAUUAA